UGUUGUUCUUUGCAAGCAAGAUGGCGGCUAUUCACGCUUCGCGGUCCUUUCACGACACUUACGAUCUUAAAGAAGAACUAGGAAAAGGUGCGUUCAGCAUAGUUCGUAGAUGUAUCAAUAAAGAAAGUCGCGUCGAAUAUGCGGCUAAAAUUAUUAAUACCAGAAAGCUGUCGAGCAGAGACCUACAGAAGCUGGACCGUGAAGCCCGAAUCUGUCGUCUACUAAAACACCCAAACAUUGUUAGGCUCCAUGCAAGCAUAGCUGAAGAGGGUUAUCAUUACUUGGUAUUUGAUUUAGUGACAGGUGGUGAAUUGUUUGAGGACAUUGUUGCMAGAGAGUACUAUAGUGAGGCUGAUGCAAGCCACUGUAUUCAACAAAUUUUAGAAAGCGUCCAACAUUGUCAUGCAAACAAUGUAGUCCACAGAGAUUUAAAGCCAGAAAAUUUACUUCUUGCCAGCAAGGAAAAGGGUGCCAUUGUUAAACUAGCUGAUUUUGGCCUUGCAAUUGAAGUAGAAAGCGAAAAGCAUGGGUGGUAUGGUUUUGCUGGUACACCAGGUUAUUUAUCUCCUGAAGUAUUAAAGAGAGAGCCUUAUGGAAGAAACGUUGAUCUAUGGGCUUGUGGUGUAAUUCUCUACAUUCUAUUGGUUGGUUACCCGCCAUUUUGGGAUGAAGAUCAACACAAGCUAUACGCCCAAAUCAAGGCUGGCGCUUAUGAUUAUCCAUCUCCUGAAUGGGAUACUGUCACAGAUGAAGCUAAGGACUUGAUAAAUAGUAUGCUGACUGUAGACCAAACUAAACGAAUCCAAGCACAUGAAGCUCUCAGACAUCCAUGGAUUGUGAACCGUGAACGGGUUGCGUCGAAAGUUCACCGUCAAGAGACGCUUGACGGAUUGAAGAAGUUCAACGCAAGAAGAAAACUAAAGGGUGCUAUUCUGACCACGAUUUUGGCGACAACCAACUUCAGUUCAGUCAGUCAUGGAGUACACAGAAAUCCAUCAGAUAAAGUGAAGGUUAAAAGCAACAAACUUGGAAUGGUAGUAGAAACAUUACGACCGAUGGUCAAAGCGAAAAAGGAUUCAGACGAUGACCUCAUCGCUCAUUCAGAAGAUGAUGAAGCAACAGAUUCAAAUCUAAAAGCAUCUCGUGAACAAGAAAUCAUCAGACUUACUCAGAAGCUCAUAACAAGUGUUACAACGGGUGACUUUGAAACAUACAGUAAACUUGUAGAUCCUCACGUGACAGCAUUUGAGCCAGUUUCAAAUGGAAACUUAGUGGAAGGUCUAGAAUUUCAUAAAUUCUACUUUGAUAAUUUGCUAAGCAAAAGAUCAGCUCCUAUCAAUACCACCAUCUUAUCUCCCCAUGUUCAUCUACUUAGCGAGGAGUCAGCGUGUAUCUGUUAUAUGAGACUCACACAGACAAUCAACAGCAGUGGUGUCCCUGAGACAACUCAAAAAGAGGAGACGAGAGUAUGGCAGAAGAGAGGGUCAACAUGGGUUAAUGUUCACUUGCAUAUCUCUCAAGCAACAAGAAGUGUCACAAGUUAAGGUGACAAUCAUUCAAAAGUAGAAAUUUUAUUGGAGAAUUUCACACCAUCGUGAAAAUGCUGUUAUUAUUUGAUGUCCUAACGAACAAACAGCCAACACGUGACAUGACGUCUACAAGUUAAAGUGGUUGUGCACGGCCUCCAUUGUUGUCAUGGUAACACAAGAAUAUAUUAUAAGCACGUGUAGUCAAGUGUUGAUGAGUGACUGGAUUCCUUAGAUGUACAUACUUAAUUAAUUCAAUUCAAGAUUGACAGCUAUGUAUCAAUGUCAUUGUAUUAGUUAUAUAAAUAUUGUUUCCAUCUUAUUUAAAACGGUGGUACAUUUUAUUUUAGGAUAUUUCAAUGUAAAUCAUCUUUUUAAACAUCCAUCAUGGAUCUUAACUUUAUUUACAAUCAUCAAAGUCACGUGAKUUUGUCACGUGGUAUCACGAUAGGCGUGGCCAACACGUGGUAUAUUUGAAUAUUUCAUUGUAAAUCAUCUUUUUUAAACAUCCAUCAUGGAUCUUAACUUUAUUUACAAUCACUGAAGUCACGUGAGGAUAUAUCAUGAUAGGCGUGGUCAACACGUGGUGUCACGUGAAAGCGUUGUGUGACUAUAUAUGUAACAUUGGAAAACUAUUCUAUAAGGUAUAUCAAGUCUUAAAGUGCACAUCAAGUGGUAUCGCCUGUUAAACAGGCUGUGAAUGUAUAUGAUUUCUUACAUUUCACUACACCAUAUUCGGCGGUAUUUAUAUCAGCUUGUCUUAAGUUAAAUGUACGGGUAUACUAUCUGCGACGAUGGCAGUUGGAUGGUAGCAGACUGCAGAGAGAGUUGUGGUUUUAAAAAAGCCUAGGUGUCCUCGCUCUUGUCGCGUACAUAGCCAUGCUAAAGUCCCUAUUAGAUAGCCGAUUUGCGAAUUUUGCUCCAGUUGUCAAUCACAAAAGAAUCAAGACGAGUCGCCGUGCGUAAAGCUUAUUCAAUCGUGAAAAAUUAUUGUCUUUCCACGAAUGACUGAGGUUAAUGCACGGCGCCUCUUCUUGAUCCCUUUGUGUGCGACUACUGAGGCAAAAUUCGCAAGUCGGCUAUUCACUUGACAGUUACUAUGUAAAACGGAUAGAAUUAUAAAAGUCGUCUUUUUGCUGUCCUCCAGCAGUAUUUUGACAUUCUAAAGCCAAGCCCACGGCACCAGSCUUCACUAUAUGCUACAAAGCCAUAAACUAAAACAAUUUUUUUCGACUUUCUCCACCUCAAGGAAUAUUUGAGGCAUCGCAGGAAGGAACUUUCGCUAACUUUAAGAUACUACUAUGACGUCACACGACGUAUCACGACACGUGACUAACCUCCAAGGACUAGAGUUGUAGAAUAUAAAAUGAGAUAUUUAAUGACCACUCAAGGUCUACUAAUUAUCAUUUACUAACUUAGCAAUUAUAGAAUUUCUUUUCUCAUAAAUACAAGUGAUAAAAUUAUUUGUUUUUGAUAUUCCAUGAAAUGAAAUGGUCUAGUUAGUCAAAUGUAUUUUCAAUCGUAAUCUAAUACUCAAAAUUGAAUAUAACUUUACCAUAUAUGGCGUAUACACGAAACGACUCAUUAUAACGAGGCAAUAUUAUUGUAACCUUGGAUACAUCUAGGACUGACAUAACGUAUCCAUGGUAACGUUUAAGAUGUUUAUCUCGCGCUUGAAUAGGUUAGCAGAGCAGUGCUUUAUGUGUCAUGUGCAUAAUGCGCAUGUGUAAAAUAGGAGUACAGCUGUGCAUAACAUGAGCCUCGAAGAAUGCGUCAUUUUGUGAAGUUUUGAAUUCAUCUAUUUAAUAAUAUUCUAAAAUGCUAUAUCUUCAAGUCAAUUGAAUUCUUCUGUAACAAUCAAAUAAUUAUUAGUAGCUAAUAAAUUACUGUUACAAGCA